GCAAUUUUUGUUUUCGUCAACAAUUUUUUUUAAUUCGUUUUUUUUCUUCUCAACUUUUGAAAUCUAUAAAAUGUAUUAAUAAAAACGACAUUCAUUCGUAAUAUUAUCUUUUUACCUGCGGUCAAUAGUAUUCCACUAUUCCAGCCAAUUAUGAUUAAGUAUUUUUUACUAAUUGAUUAUUAUCCCAUUCCCAUAUAAAGAAUUCCAAACAUCAGAUUAAAAUUCAGAUUUCUUGCACAGAUUCUUUGUCUGUUAAAUAUUUUAUUUUUCAUGUGUACAUUAUAAGAGCCCAAUAGUGUGUAGUAUAAUUUAAUGUAAGUUUAGUGCGUAUGUGUGGUUGCCUAGCCAGUAAAUUAUUUUUAAUAAAACGAGAAUAUAUUAUUAUUAUAUAUAAUUUGUAUCAUAGAUUUUUCUAUUAUGCAUCCGAUUUAUUUGUAACAAAAUAAUUAAUACACAUGCACAUUGACACGUUAAAAAAAUCAUUACAAUCAAAUAUGAUUAGUUGUAAAAUAUUGUAUAUAUUAUAUUUAUAUUUUAUAACCUUAAGGUUAUAUUUUAAUAUGAUUGUAUUUUUUGGGCAAUUUUCUGUGCGAAUAUAUAAGUAUCUAUUUAGAUUCGAACACGUCUUUUUUUUAAUACUUGGCAAUUUAAUUAACUGUUAUUUCAAAUGUAUUUUUAGUUGUUUAGUAUUAUUAUUAUUAUUAUUAUCAUUAUUAUUAUUAUUAUUAAACAAAUUUAUGUGUUACCUACUAUAAUUUAUAUACCUAGUCAUUUUUUUUUUUUUAGUUUGUAAACAAUUUAUAAGAAAAUAUUGUAUACUAAAAUGUAUUUUUUAAAAAACCGUUUCUAGUCUUGGAAUGCUACCAAUGUAUUAAUACUAAAUACUAAUCUAGUCAUGUAAAACCAUUGUAUGUUUUAUACUUAAUUUCAUUUUCUAGUGAUAUUAUAUAUUAUAUUAUGUAUUAAUAAAUUGUUAACAAUUUUCACAAACCAAAUUUUUGAUAGACCAAUAGACCAUAAAUAUUAUUUAGUUAAAUAACUAUGAAACGUGAAAAAAUAAUUUACUAUGGAAAUGUUUUAUUUCAUGAUUAUAAAAAUAAAAAUGUGAAAAUUUCUUUUUAUUAUCCAAAGAAAUGUCUAAAAGAAUAGUGUAUUAGAUGUUUCUGAAAGUAAUUUAACAUUUUAUCAGUACUUUAAUAAUAAAGCAUUACUGUAAAUUCAACGGAAAAAUUAUUUUUGUUUAAUUUAAUAUACUAACUUCGGCGUGCAUGAAAAGAAAAACUCAAAAUUAUCUUAUAACAAACGAUUUAAGGUACCUACCUACACGUUUUUUUUACAGUGCAGUGUAUUGAUAAUUAUAUAAAUAUAUCAUAUAUAUAUUUA